AUGUGGUUCUUCAACUUCAAGAUUGUGUGGCUUUUAGCUGUUGUAAUAACUCUUGUUGGUGCUGGAGAGAUUUGCCACUCCAAUGACCUGAAAGGGCUAGAAGGUUUCCAGGUGGGGAUCCGGUCGGACCGAGACAUGGACCGGUCGUGGCUGCUGCAGCUGGGAAGGCCCAUUGACCUAUCCAGCUUCAUCGACUUAACCGGGGAGAUCCCUCCAACGAUCGGCUCCCGUCUCCCCAGGCUACGGAAGCUUGCCCUCUCUGGCAACCAAUUCAAAGGCACAUUGCCUGAGAGCAUUGGUAAGCUGUCUGAACUCCAAGAAUUGUACCUGUCUGAAAACAGCUUCACUGGCUCCAUACCUGGAAGCAUAGGAAAUCUCCAAGGGCUGAGGAUGCUGGAUUUGCAUUCCAACCGAUUAUCGGGAAGCAUACCUGGCAGCAUGGGUGAAUUGCAGUGUCUGAAGGAGCUUGAUCUGUCUAACAACUCGCUAUCCGGGCGAAUCCCAUCUUCGAUAACUAGGUUGAAGGCUGUAUCAGUUAUCUGCCUCGACAACAAUCACCUCGAAAGAUCCCAUACUCCUUCGGGUUCCUGUCGUCCCUUCGGAUUGAUCCCUUCGAGCAUAGGCAAUCUGAGAUCAUUGACAGAGCUGUACCUGAACAGCAACAGGCUAUCAGGACAACUACCAGCCUCGAUAAGCCAGCUUGCGAAUCUACUCAUUUUCAGCGUCUCGUACAACUUGAUCGAAGGGCCGUUGCCACACCAAAGGACAGCCCUCGCGAAUCUCCAAACGCUCGAGCUCUCAUUCAACCAGCUGAACUUGAAUUACAUCCUAAAGUGGCUGCUGAAGCUGCCUUCCCUGUCGAGAAUUUUCUUGGCCGGCUGCAAUAUCCAAGGCGGACUAUCGGAGGAUGUACUCACCACUCCAAGUCCACUGCAAAAGCUCGACUUAUCAGUGAACCGCCUGACAGGAAGCAUCCCGGGAUGGAUUGGUAAGCUAACAGAGCUAUACUCGUUGAACUUAUCACUCAACGACCUUGUAGACACGAUCCCUACCUCGAUCAUGGACUUAACAAGCCUCGGGUUGCUAGAUCUUCACUCCAACAAGCUAGCAGUCUCUCUAGAAUGGAGAUAUAGAGUGAGAUCCCUGACGUUUCUUGAUCUUUCCGACAAUAGCUUCACGGGUGGCAUCGAGCAAAUAGGCAUGGAGACACAACUCGACAUACAGUACAUCAAUCUAUCACACAACAUGAUCAAAGGUAGAUUGCCUGAUUCCAUAGGGAGAUUGGAGUCACUGAAGAGCCUGGACUUGAGCUACAACCGCCUCGACUCUGAGAUACCCGCGACACUAGGAAACGCGAGCUCCAUGGAAAACCUGAAGCCGCAGAGAAAUCACUUCACCGGGAGAAUACCAGAUGAGUUUCUCAAGUUCAAGAACCUCAAGGACUUGGACCUUUCGAGCAAUUCUCUCGAGGGAAGAAUUCCGUACGGGGAGCCUCUGAUCGGCUUCCCGAGAGGCUCGUACUUGGGAAACAAAGAUCUGUGUGGCGCGCCGCUCGAACCCUGUCAGCCUUGA